UUUUAAAUACCACAAGAGAUUCCUAUUAUUGUUUUGUAAAGUUAGUACUCAUUUAGACUUACCUUUAUUUAUCCUUCUGGAGCUCUUCAUUCUUUCCUCCAUUCCUUGCUUCUUUCUGGGAUCUUUUUCCUUCUGUUUCACAAAUUCCUGUCAGAAGUCAGUUCUCUCAGAUUUUGUAUGCUGUAAAACACAUUUAUUUUACAAUCACUAUUGCAUGAUGUUUCCACUAAGUAUAGAAUUCUAAGUUACUAGUUGUUUGUUUACAUUUGCACGCUGAUGAUUGCCUUCUUGUUUCCAUUGUUUCUGUUGGAAUGUCAGCUGUCAGCCUAUUGUACUUACUAUAGAAUAAUAAGGUGUCUUUUUAAAGUUUUUUGUUACAGGUUUUCAGCAAUUUUACUGUGAUAUGAUCCAUCAAAACUUGUGGGUUUCUUUAUAUUUAUCCUUGUUGGGAUUUGUAGGGCUUCAUGGAUCUGUGUCUAGAUGUCUGUUGUCAGUUUUGGAAAAUCCUUGGCCUGUAUCUACAAAUAUUGCCUCUGCAACAGUUUUCUCUCCUCUAUUCCCACCAAUUAAGAUGAUUAAAAAAAAAAAAAAGAUGAAUUCAGGCCAUGUUUCAGUAUAAAAACUGGUCCAUUUCAUUUUUUGCCCUUACACUAGAGCAUGCCCCUUUGGGGUCUCCCCCUAUGAGACCACUGAAAUCUCUGCUUCAUUCUUGAGCCCCCUUCAGCUCAGCUACCAGGCCUCUUGCUACUUACAGUGCAGGCAUUGGUAAGGGCCCUGAGAAGAGGAGCAGAAGAGAAUGUUCUGCUCACUUCAUUGCUUUUCUGUUCUAAGCAUCUUGGCCCUCUAAUCCUGCUCUUUGAUGUAUUUAAAAUUGAAGUGGGGCGUUUUUGUUUGUUUAUAUUUUAUUAGCUUUUAGAGUGAUUCUUGGGAGGAGGUUGGUGUGCUACAUGCUCUACUAUAUCUUAGCUGGAAUUUGUGCAAAGUUUCCCUCUUUAAGCUUUCUCACCUUUUCUGUUUUUGUCUGGUGAGGAGUAACUGGAAGGCUUGAUUGAGACAGCUGGACUAAAGAAUUUGGUGCUGACUUUGGAUUACUUUUUAAAGCACUAGGCAUGGUAAUUUCUACUUUUUGGGACCUCAAAACCAAGAAGCUACAGAGAAUCCUAUGUCAAUAAAGUGAAGUCUCUUCCGUUGUGCUUUUGCAUUUGGAGACUCCUGUAUUUUCCCUUACACAAGGAGUGUAGAACUAGUGUGGUCAUUAUGAACGUGACAAGUUUAUUUUCCUUCACAAGUCCAGCUGUGAAGAGACUUCUUGGGUGGAAACAGGGUGAUGAAGAAGAAAAAUGGGCAGAGAAAGCUGUUGAUGCUUUGGUGAAAAAACUGAAGAAAAAGAAAGGUGCCAUGGAGGAACUGGAAAAGGCCUUGAGCUGCCCAGGGCAGCCAAGUAACUGUGUCACCAUCCCCCGCUCUCUGGACGGCAGGCUGCAAGUUUCCCACCGGAAGGGACUGCCUCAUGUCAUUUACUGCCGAGUGUGGCGUUGGCCCGAUCUUCAGAGCCACCAUGAACUAAAACCACUGGAAUGCUGUGAGUUUCCUUUUGGUUCCAAGCAGAAGGAAGUGUGCAUCAAUCCCUACCACUAUAAGCGAGUAGAAAGUCCUGUUCUUCCUCCAGUGCUGGUUCCAAGACACAGUGAAUAUAAUCCUCAGCACAGCCUAUUAGCUCAGUUCCGUAACUUAGGACAAAAUGAGCCUCACAUGCCACUCAACGCAACUUUUCCGGAUUCUUUCCAGCAACCCAAUAGCCAUCCGUUCCCUCACUCCCCCAGCAGCAGCUACCCCAACUCUCCUGGAAGCAGCAGUGGCACCUACCCGCACUCCCCCACCAGCUCAGACCCAGGAAGCCCUUUCCAGAUGCCAGCUGAUACGCCCCCGCCUGCUUACCUGCCUCCUGAGGACCCCAUGACCCAGGAUGGCUCCCAGCCAAUGGACACAAAUAUGAUGGCACCUUCACUGCCUUCAGAAAUCAACAGAGGAGAUGUUCAGGCGGUCGCUUAUGAGGAACCAAAACACUGGUGCUCUAUUGUCUACUAUGAGCUCAAUAAUCGUGUGGGCGAAGCGUUCCAUGCCUCCUCCACAAGUGUGUUGGUGGAUGGUUUCACCGAUCCUUCCAACAAUAAGAACCGUUUCUGCCUUGGGCUGCUCUCCAACGUUAACCGGAAUUCCACUAUUGAAAACACCAGGCGGCAUAUUGGAAAAGGAGUGCAUCUUUACUAUGUGGGAGGGGAAGUGUAUGCCGAAUGCCUCAGCGACAGCAGCAUCUUUGUGCAAAGUCGGAACUGCAACUACCAUCAUGGAUUUCACCCCACUACUGUUUGCAAGAUCCCUAGUGGGUGUAGUUUGAAAAUUUUUAAUAACCAAGAAUUUGCUCAGUUAUUGGCACAGUCUGUGAACCAUGGCUUCGAGACAGUCUAUGAGCUCACUAAAAUGUGUACUAUCCGCAUGAGCUUUGUAAAAGGUUGGGGAGCAGAAUAUCACCGCCAGGAUGUUACUAGCACCCCCUGCUGGAUUGAGAUCCACCUGCAUGGCCCCCUCCAGUGGCUGGAUAAAGUUCUUACUCAGAUGGGUUCACCUCACAAUCCUAUUUCAUCUGUGUCUUAAACAGCCUCAGGCUUCUGCCUCUUGAAAACUAUUGAGCCUUGCAUGUACUUGAAGGAUGGAUGAGUCAGACACGAUCAAGAACUGACAAAGGAGCCUUGAUAAUACUUGACCUCUGUGACCAACUGUUGGAUUCAGAAAUUAAAAAAAUAAAAAAAACAAAAACCUUGGUAACAUACUGUCGAUAUCAAGAACCUGUUUAGUUUACAUUGUAACAUUCUAUUGUAAAAUCAACUAAAAUGCAUACUUUUAGCAGGACUUCAUGUAUAGUUAAAGGAGAGAUGGCCAAGCCAGGGACAAAUUAUCUAUUUGGUCCUAAGAGAAAUGGUCCUAAGAGAUUCUUUUGUGUUUGGCACUUUAAGGUCAUCGUUUGGCAGAAGUUUAGCAUUAAUAGUCUUUCUGAAGUGUGUUUUUAUCAGGUUUAGAACCCAUGUUGAGUCUUAUUUUCAUGGGUUUUCAUAAUGUUUUAAAACUAUUUGUUUAGUAAUGGGUUUUGUUUGUUUUUUAAGUAAAGUUUAAUCUGAUGAUAUACAUAGUAAUCUUUCUAAAAUUGUACGCUGACCAUACUGCUGUCAGAAUAAUAUUAGGUAUAUGCUCUUUGCUAAAUAUAUAUGUACAGAAUAUUUGGAAGUUAAGAAUGGAUUAGACUAGUGGACUUAGUAUUUGAGGGGGUGGGGGAGAGGGAAAUGACAACUGCAAAUGUAGAAUAUACUGUAAAAAGUCAGUUUGUGACUUUCAGGAAACAAACUGAUGCCUGAAUUUUGCUGUGUUUCAAUUUUUUAGACAUUUUAUCCUUUUCUUUUCUUUUUCUUUCUUUUUUUUUUUUUUUUUUUUGGGCGCCUUCUAUCCCAUCCUCUCCAAAAAGCAGUUGUGCAGCUGGUUAAUUCAUGUAACUGUGAGAGCAAAUGAGUAAUUCCUGCUACUCUGAAAUCGACUGCCUAUAUGUCUCAAUACCAACCGUAUGGAGUGCUUCAAUUUAAUAAGCAGUUUUUUAUGGAGUUUACAGAAACUGGCUUUAAUUUUCAAGUGAAUUGUUCACCAACUGUUAAAUAUUUGGAGGAUUUAAAGAACAUCCCUGUUUAAAUCCAUUUCAAACUUCUAAGGAUUUUUUUUGUACUGUGUUUGGUUUUAUUUUUCUUCUGCUAAUCUUUUAUAUUCACUUAUGCUCUCGUACAUUGAGGACUUUUAUUCCAAAACUAGUGGGUUUUCUCUACUGGAAAUUUUAAAUAAACCUGUCAUUAUUGCUUACUUUGAUUAAA